AUGGGUUGGACGAGACUGCAGCUUUGCAGCAGCCGACGCCGCUGCCUAGAAUGGGCAGCAUCGUGGUGGCUCUGCCAGCAUGCUUGGGUGAACAGUAAGGAGAACGGAGAUGAAUUUGUCUCCAAAUUUUGGAAUGUUCUUCCUUUGGCACUCAAGGAUGUUGUGAAGAAUGGGGACGAUCAUGGAAAGAAGGCCGUCUCAAGAUUGGUCAAGAGAUGGGAAGAAAGGGAAAUUUUUGGAUCCUGUGCUCAGAGCCUAAGAGAUGUAAUGCUUGGAGAAGAAUUGCCUCCACUAUUGGAGUAUGGGAAGAAACGUUCUCGUUCUAUCAUAAUAGAAGGGGACUCUAGAUCUAUCAAAACGAAAUUGACCAUUGGAAGCACAGAAGAAAGAAUUGUUUCCGCUUUUAACUUGGUGGUCAGCGAACAUCCCAUUGAAAAUGAAGAAAUGAAUAAGUGCAAGUCCGCCGUCCAACUUGUGAGUAAGAUGAGAGAAGAUGUCAGCAUUGCCUUAACAAAAGCCAAGGAUUCAACGCGGAAGACCUUAGCCAAAGAACUAGAGAAGGAAGAACUUGUUUUGACUCAGAGCAUUAAGAAACUUAAAGUUGCUGAAGCAAAUAGAGUUAUCCUUAUAUCACAAUUAGAAGAAGCACUUUACGAGCAGGUUGCACAGGCACAGGCAGAAGAAGCUGCAUAUAUGCAGAAGCGUCUGAAUGAAGACCAUAUGACAGACUUAAAAGCAUCAAUGGCAUCGGCAGACACCAAUACAAAACCAGCACAAACAACUAAAAAAUCUGCUGCAGCUAUUGCAGCCGAAGUUGCAGAUAAGCUAGCCGCUUCGAGCUCAUCCCAGUAUAUUUUGACCUCUGUUCUUUCUGCGUUUGCAGCUGAAGAAGCAAAAAAUGCCGGGCUUGUGAAGUCUUCAUCACCCUCGACUUCUUUCUCAUCCGUCUUCAAUACUCCAAUGGCUGUAAAUAUGCGGAAGUGUCUGAAUGAAGACCAUAUUACAGCCUCAAAAACACCGAUGGCAUUGGCAGAUACCAAUAAAAAACCAGCACAAAAAAAAGAAAAAGCUGCCGCAGCUAUCGCAGCCGAGGUUGCAGAUAAGCUAGUCGCUUCGAGCUCGUCCCAGUAUAUUUUGACCUCUGCCCUUUCAGCGUUUGCAGCUGAAGAAGCAAAAAAUGCUGGGCUUGUGAAGUCUUCAUCACCCUCGGCUUCAUUCUCAUCUGUUUUCAAUACUCCAAUGUCGAAACCAGUUUCUGAUCAGACUGCUUUCAUGCCGGCACAACAUGCUAAUCCUCCUCAAAACAACCCAUUUCAAUCCCAUGUGUUGCCCCAGCCAUUAAUCGAAGGUCAAAUUUCCAAUUCUCGGUAUCCGUGCCCAUCACUUCCCAGGCCACCCUCUCAGCAGUAUCUGCACCCACCAGUUGGAAUUGUGGCCUCGUAUGAUUAUGGUAGUUUUCCACCCCUGCCUCCCAGACCACCCCCACCCCCACCCCCACCUCCAUUUUACAUGAAGAGCCCAAUGGUGCCUUUUGCCCAGCAACCACCGCAGAUGACUCAACAGCCAUGGACAUUAUCUCAGCAGCAAACAGGACCAGUACCUCAACAACUGCAUGCAGCACCUAGUUCGCUUCCUGUUGCCCCAUUUCAGGCAUCUAGAAUGCGGCACUUGGGUAACCUGUAUUACUCGCAGUGA